UCUCACUGCAACAUUGCAUCAAUUGUGUACAGGCAAAGAUUGCUCCUUGUUGAUACAGCUCAAGCUUGGUGACUGCAACUUAAGCUCCUCGCAAGAAAAACUAGCGGAGGAAGAACAACCUUCUUGGUCAUCAGUUGAUCACUGCAAGAACAAUGGAGGUGGUGCUUGAUAAUGCCGCUGGCAUGGCGGCCGGCGACAUGGCCGGGCAGUACCGGGGCGUGAGGAAGAGGAAGUGGGGCAAGUGGGUGUCGGAGAUCAGGGAGCCCGGCAAGAAGACGCGCAUCUGGUUGGGCAGCUUCGAGUCCCCGGAGAUGGCCGCGGUGGCGCACGACGUCGCCGCGCUGCGCCUGCGCGGCCGCGAGGCCCGGCUCAACUUCCCGGGCCUCGUCCACCACUUCCGCCGCCCGGCCACCGCCGAGCCCGACGACGUCCGCGCCGCGGCGCUCGAGGCCGCGGCGCAGGUCCGGUUCCGGCCCGACCUCGUGAUGCAGCAGCCCGCCGGCCCCGGCGGCGGCGACAGCGACAGCUCCUGCGGCAGCGCCGGCAGCCCCGACCUGCUGCUCGGCGACGACGUCGCCUGGGACGUCCUGCUCGGAACCGACGAGCUGGCGCCCGAGUCGCCCAAGAUGUGGGCUGAGCUGGCCGAGGCCAUGCUCAUGGCCCCGCCUGUAUGGGAGGGCAAUACGGCGGACAAUGACGAGUGGGCCCAGGGCAAUCUCUGGGACCUACCUGUCUGGCACUGCUGAUCCCGGGCCCACCCAGCUGAUGCAUCUUCACAUCCUUUGGUUUUUAGAGGUGUGAUGAAACAUACUUAAUCUUUGCCAAAACCAUAAAUAGAUUAAUGAGGUAUUCUAGAGAGCAUAAUCACGGUCAAGAAUGUUCUGAUGAUCC